AUGGAAAGUUGCAUCUACAGCUGCCUGCCUGAGAAGGCUCCAGUUGUUACUGAUUCACAUAGUGCUGUUCAGCUAUCCCUGCCCUUUUAUGUGGACCCUGCAGUUAAUUUACACGCUGAGGCCUCACACUUCUCCUGCGCACAAGAUCUGACGCUGCUUUCAUAUGCUCCUGACCAGCCUAUGGCUAUGGUAGAACAUUAUUACCAAAGUCUCUACAACAUCCCAUCUCUAUCCACCUGCCCUAAAUAUGGGUAUCAGGAAAGUUACUAUGGACCCUCAUAUAUUCGAAAAAGGAACGAGAGGGAGAGACAGAGAGUGAAAUGCGUAAAUGAAGGAUAUGCCAAGCUCAGGAGGCACCUGCCUCAGGAAUAUCUUGAAAAACGUCUCAGCAAAGUACAAACACUAAGAGCUGCCAUUAAGUACAUUAAACAUCUUCAGGAUGUCCUCAGUUGUGAGACUACGGAAGCUUCUAGAACAUUCCAGCAGGAACAUCUCAAACAGAGAAGCUCAAAUACAUAUCAGAGAUACUGA